AUGAAUCUUUUGCAUAAUCCUUCUUCUCUGCAGAGGCGGAAUAAAGUUGUGGAUGAUGAUGAGAACGAUGAGGACGAACAGCAUUUACCUUCGUCAGCAUCGGAAGAAGAGUAUGAGGAAAGUGAAGAUGAAGAAAUGACAAACACUAAACAAUACCAAAUAGUAACUUCAACCAAACCAAAACGGCAGACCAUCAGCCGAAGCAAAGUUUCUUCUCAUUCCGAUGAAUCAGAUAAUGAUGUAGAUGACGACGAUGAAUCCAGUUCUUCAUCAUCAUCAUCGAGCGAUGAUGACGAUUCCGAUUGGAGCGUAGAGGAGCGAGAUGGAGAAGAUGUUGUCAUUAAGAAGUACAAGCAUAUAGGAGAAGAUCAAAAUCCAACAACACCGGUUACUUUUCAAGAAAAGAAAUCAGAUUUUCCGAUCAAAGUCAAAGAUGAUAAAUGCUCUAUCGGAUUAUCAGGUUAUUGCAUGAUUCAUGCAACUCAUUGUUUAGAAAGUGGAGCAUACUAUUAUGAAGUAAAAAUUGAAAAUAAUACUGAAAAUAAUUCAGUUCCUGAUUAUGCAAGGAAACCUCACUACAGAGUAGGAUGGUGUUUGAAAGGAGCUUUUGACAAAGGUCCAUGUGGAUUUGAUAAAUUAUCCUAUGGCUAUGGCAGCAAGGAUGGAAAAGUAUAUCACAAAUCAAAAGGGAUUCCAUACGGAGAACCUUUUGGAGAAGCUGGAGAUGUCAUUGGAUGCUAUAUUGAAAUUCCCAAAGUCGAAAUGCCACCCAUUAAGUACAUAGAGUCUGCAUUUUUUGGUGAUGACGGUCAACAAUACAAGCAAUUCACUGCAACUUUGGAUGAAAAGGCAGUUGUUGGAAGCAAAAUUGUUUUCUUCAAAAAUGGAAAGUAUCAAGGAAUAGCAUUUUCAGACAUAAUGUUUGGAGCAUAUUUUCCAGCCAUCUCACUCUACAUGAACGCAUGUGUCACAGUUAGAUUCGAAGCAAAUCAAUUUCAGUACAAUCCUCAUGACUGUAAUCCUGAAAUUGUGAACAAAAAUUGGAAAGCUAUUGGAGAAUUAAGAAAACGUACCAAACCAGCUUCACAAAAACCUCAAAACACACCAUCCAAAGACCUUGAGAGAGGCGAGUUUAAGGCACCAAAACCACGGCACAGAGAGGCCCUGAAGAGUAGUACAGGAAGCAUGGUAGAAGCGGCAAGAAAAUUGCAUUCUUCUCCAAGUAAUCCUAGACAUUCAAAAAUUGCGUCUGCCUCUACCCAAUCGAUUCCACUUCACAACGAUGCAGUAUCUAAAAAACACAAAAAGAACAAGUCAAGCUCAGCCCACCCAAAACAACCAAAACAAGCAUCCGCUACUGCUACUCACCAUUGUAGUGAAGGAAAGAAAUCUUCUUCCUCUAAACACAACAAGAAACCUAAAGAUCUGAGCGGUUCUGAUAUUCUCCCAUCAACUUCUCUCAGUGCAAGUAGUACUCAUAUGAAUCAAGGUCUUGAAACUUUAACAACUUCUGGUACCGUUCCAAAUAAUACGCCAAACAUGGAUCAAACAAGCGCUCCAAACAACGACAUUGCUGUAAACAGUUCCAAAGCAGAAAAUACUGUCACUCCAAUCUUGCCACAAAAUAUUGAAAAGAAAAAGCCAAAAAAGCAUCAUGAAAGUUCUAGCGGGCCAAAAUCAGAGUUUUCAAAGAAGGAUACAUCCAGUUUGCCAGAGAAGGAGCCACAGGACCUUUCCAAACCUGUGAAGGUGGUGGAAAAUGUGCCUGCAACCACAAUAGAAGAGAAGGCAACAAAUAAGCAACAACAAAAAGAUGACACAAUCGUGACAAGUUCUAGUUCUAUUGAAACCAACAACCCUGUGAACCAAGCCCUAUCGACCACUCUCCAACAAGAAUUUGCUCAAAUAGGCCUUGCCAUCUCAAAUAUUAAGGACUUACCUAAAGUAGAGACAAAAACGCUUGAACACCCGAACACUAAGAAAGCUACUUCAAAACUUGAAACGGACACAUCUCCACGAUUGUUGAAUCCUCAACCACCAACAGCCAUGCUCUCUGUGUCAGCAACAGUCGCUUCGGUCUCAAAUGAACAACAAGAUGCCAUUCUGGCAACACCAAGCAUUGACAUCUCACCUUCUUCUACCAUUCCACCAGCAACUACAACGUCACACCAAGCAGUUCCUCCGAUCUCUGUAGCAACCACAACAGCCACCACUGCCACAUACAUUACAAACAUGUCCGAUAAACCUUUGGCACAUUCUACAACAGCAACACCAACUAAGGAACGAAAAUCCAAGACCGCCAAAGCUGAAAGUUCUCUCAUGGUGAUGGCUAGAAAAACUCAAGUCGAUCACAAUCCAAAGAAAGGAAUUGGCUUAUUGAAAAACAAAAAGGAUGAAACUGCGCAACACAAAACACCACUUAAAAGGAAGAAUUCUCUUUCGAAAGAGGAAGAGCAUGUUGCUGUUCAUCAUCACACCACAAAGCUAGUGGAUCCACCAAAAUCAGCCCAAAAGAAAAAACCUGAAGAGUCAAAGCAAGCACUUACAUCAUCCUCGGAAGAUGUCAACAAUAAGAUACUUGAAAGUGGCUCCAAUGUUGUGGAAGCUCCUGAACAGCAACACUUGACUGUUGCUGCUACUGUUGAUGAUUUGUCUCCAACAAACAAGAAGAGAAAAACCAGCAAAGAAAUUCCCUAUGAACAUCCUUCAGAAAAGCAAACUGUUCGUUCCGAAUUGACUAGUACACAACACACUCACAUAGAUACUAUCAAUUUUGCUACUAAGGCGUCACAACCAAUUCAACAACAGUCACAUCCAAUGAAUCCUCAGCAAUUAUUCGAGCAACAACUGUUAAGUAGUGAGAGACUUUCAGACGUGGAACAAGGCACACCCAAUACUAGGCAACAACAAGCACAGCGCUCACAACAACCUCAACAACAGCAGCCAAUUCGGCAAGAACAUGUCGAACAAUUUAUGCCAAAUAUGCUUGUUAAGCAAAAUCAAUCAUCUUCAACAUUCAAUCCUCAAUCUCAAGAAUCCAUGAUUCGAUCUAGGAGUAACAGCUUUCAAAGCUUGUUAAAUGCGCAUCCACAACAACAAUCGCACACUCGGACGACUGACCCUCAACAAGUUAAUCCGCCUAAUGUAAACCUCACAAAUUAUCAAAUUAAUAAGCCAUCACAACACCAGAAAUUCGCUCCUUUACAGGAAACUAGUAUGCUAAAUGCAUUCAAUAAUUUAUCGACACCAAUGACUGAUCAACAACAACCUUCAAAUAGCACUGUUGUGUCGUCGUCCAGAACGGAGCAAUAUUCUGCACCCAUGUCAUUCCGUGAGCUGCUUUUUACUCCAACAGUCCCUACUUUCUCACAACAACCUCAAUCUUCUUUGUCGACAAACGUUCAUGCCCACCAAAUUGAAUCAUCAACCAUGCAGGGUAAUUUAAUGAAUCAUCAAUCUCAAUUCAAUCCAUCAAUAUUGAUGGCUCAGUCGCAUCAUCAACAAGCUCAACAAUCACAACAACAACCGCUUGCCAAUAAUUCAUCCAUUCCAUUACAGCAACCACGCAUCUCAUUACUUGCAGGAAAUGAUCAGAAAGAGCAAUUCUCAAUGAGCAAUACUGAGACAUUUGUGGAUUCCUUUAACAAGUAUAUGGCUCCUAGAAAGCUUAGCGAUCCUCCACAACCAGCAACCCCUGUCUCUGCUCAGUCACAACAAAGGAAGCAAACAUUUAAUCCAACUCAGUUCAUUCAACGAAAUGUUUCCAAUGCUGCUUUGCAACACAAUCAUCCAAGUGGCAGUAGCACCUCUGGUAACUAUCACAUGAUGUCACAGCAACAACAACAACAACCAAUUCAACAAUCAACUUCAAAUGCUUACCAUCAAAUCAGUCAACCUUCACAGAGUAAUCUCCCACAAACCAACUCCACUGUGGCAAGUAUGCAUCAACCAUAUGCUCAACAACAACAAACAAACCUUCAUCAAGCACAAAUGCGUCCACAAUUUGGCAAUUUUGGAGCAUCCAUCAUGUCAGAUAACCGAAGUCAACAAUUACCCUCAAUUUCUGAUUCGUUCACAAGUGCAGCUGCCAAUAGAAGUUCUUUACUUACUUCCAUGCCUCAACAGACAUCCACUCAACCAUUUCUGAAACAACAAAUGCAACAUUCACAACAAUUUCACCAGCAAAUGAAUUUGAACAGUCCUACCGCAUUUCAACAUGUUCAAAACUAUCCAUCCCAACAUCACCAACAACAACACUUCUCCUCCUCUGGCAUGUCACAAAAUACAGUGGUUAUGUCUCAACAAUCAUUGUCGUCCAACCACAAUCCUUCCUUCAUGAUGCAUACAGGCAAUCCACAACAAUCACAACAUUUUGCACAACAACCCUCACAACAACAACAACACAAUCAAUAUUUAUCCAAUCCCAACAAUUACAGAGGAAGUUUUCAACAAUAA